AUCCAGAGAGACGAUCCAACCAUUAACAAACCAGAGACCCCGGAACAGGACAUGAUAAAAAUCCCCUUCUGAUUCAAAGAUAAAUUGAACUUUAUUAUCUCCAACCCCUCGCCCUUUAACUCUAUCAUCGAGACCCCAGAUUGGAGGUAGAACUUUGACUAAUGACACUCAUCGAGUUUAGACAUCGAACAAUAACACUCAUCGAGUUUUCCUCGAUUAAAUCCUUAUUUUCCAGAUCUGGAACCUCCACCAGCUCUCCUUCCUGAAGUAAGUUGCGUUCCCUUAACUCCUCCAUGAGCGAAAAGCUCCUUCUUCUUUCUAGGCCUAUUCAUCCUCACAGACCCAGAAUCUUACAACCCGCAAUGAAAUAACAGAUCGGCAGUUCUUUCUCCUCCUCAAAGGUCUUAAUCGGCCCUGUAUAGUGACAGAACUGCAGCUCACACUAUAACUCUAUCCAGAUCUAGAAAUUAUCCCCGAAAAACCAGAGAAGAGGAUGAGAACUAAAUAUAAGCCGCAAUAGGAAACUCUAAUUAUGGAAUGAGAGAUCAACAGGACCUAAUGAGCCGCAAUAGGAAACUCUAAUUACGGAAUGAAAUCUAGUGUUUCAAGGGAAAGAGAUGAAAAUCGCCGUCACAAGCCCCCCGAGAGAAACCCUAGUCGCCAUCGUAGAGAGAGUUGCCGUCUUGGUUAUCUUGCACCGGGAUUAGGCGGUCUCUGCAUAUUCCCUUUGGCAUCUUUUCUGCUAAGCUGAGUUUCAGGAGAGUUCAGUUUCUGGAUUAGUGAUUGAUUAUUCCCUCUGGAGGCCGAGUUCUGGAUCUGUGUUGGAAGAUAACAAAUACCUGGAGGGAAGCUGAUGGUUUAGCUCAAUUGAGGCAAAGUCUUCACCUUGGUAGACCCAGCCAGUUGUUCUUCAUCUUCUUAUUUCUAGCCUCACCAACCUUCUGAAGAUCUCUGUCUUUUCCAGUUUCAAGAGGAACCAGUAAUUUGUUCAAUUCGCUAGCGUUGAAAUCCCUUUCUCUAUUCCAGUUUUACACUGAGAGAGUAAUGGCAGCUAGAGAAGAGGAAAGUUUGGUGGUUGUGAAUGGAGAAGAGGACAUUCAUGAUUCCAGGGAAAAAUUUCUACUUAGAUACUUUUUGCAAGAAUGGGAGAUUGUUAAAUCACUUCUUGAUGAUAUUGUUGCAAAUGGCCGUGUCGUUGAUCCUUCUUCUGUUCACAACAUCCGCUCCAUUAUGGACAAAUACCAGGAGCAAGGUCAGCUGGUGGAACCCUACUUAGAGAGCAUAGUUUCACCACUCAUGUUAAUCAUUCGCUCUACAACACUUGAACUGGAUCCGAGAUCCCAUGAAAUUCUCGAAAUAAUCAAACCCAUAUGCAUCAUUAUCUACAGUUUAGUUACUGUCUGUGGGUACAAAGCUGUAAUCAAGUACUUUCCGCAUCAAGUUUCCGAUCUAGAACUCGCUGUGGCGCUUCUGGACAAGUGCCAUAGCAUGACUUCUGUUUCAUCCUUGAGGCAAGAAAGCACUGGAGAAAUGGAGGCCAAGUGUGUUACUCUUUUGUGGCUUUCAAUCCUUGUGUUGGUCCCGUUUGAUAUUUCUUCUGUUGAUACAAGCAUUGCCAACGACAAGAGCUUUGGUGUGGACGACCUUGCUCCUCUGGUAUUGAAGAUUUUGGGUUUCUGUAAGGACUAUCUGUCCACUGCUGGCCCUAUGCGCAGGAUUUCGGGGUUGCUCCUCUCUAAGCUUUUAACGCGUCCGGAUAUGGGAAAGGCAUUUGCAAGUUUUUUUGAGUGGACACAUGAAGUUUUAUCUUCUGAGGGAGAUAGUGUUGUGAACAACUUUUGCUUGCUUGGUGUGAUGGAGGCUCUGGCUGCCAUUUUUAUGACUGCUAGCCGAGAAGUGUUGCUUGAAGCCCUUCCUGUCGUUUUGAAAGAUGUGACUAUGCUAAGCAAAUCAAAUGCAGCAACUAGAAGUCCUCUGCUUCGCAAGUAUCUGAUCAAGUUAACUCAGAGGAUAGGGCUUGUUUGUCUUUCUCAUCGCUCACCUUCCUGGCUCUAUGUGGCUCGCACCGCCUCCCUUUAUGAGAAUAUAUCUACGAGUUCGACCCAAACGUUGGUGCCGCCUGAUCAUGUUGUCGCUGCCGUCUCGCAACCAGAAAGUGCGAAUGACCAAGAGGAUGAAUAUAUGGAUGUUCCUGAAAUCUUAGAACAGAUAAUUGAAAUGCUACUCUCUGGUUUGACAGACACGGACACCGUGGUUCGUUGGUCUGCUGCAAAGGGUAUAGGUCGUGUAACUUCACGACUAACAUCUUUUCUUUCUGAACAAGUUCUUUCAUCUGUAUUGGAACUGUUUUCACCAGGAGAGGGAGAUGGCUCAUGGCAUGGGGGUUGUUUGGCUUUAGCUGAACUGUCUCGUAGAGGGUUACUGUUGCCUAAAAGUUUCCCACAAGUCGUCCCAGUUAUUGUGAAGGCACUCCAUUACGAUGUCCGUAGAGGUCCGCACAGUGUUGGAUCUCAUGUACGUGAUGCAGCUGCCUAUGUUUGUUGGGCAUUUGGACGCGCCUAUUACCACAAAGAUAUGAAAAACGUCCUCGAUCAGCUUGCUCCAGAUUUAUUGAUAGUGGCUUCCUUCGACAGAGAGGUGAACUGUAGAAGGGCUGCUGCAGCUGCUUUCCAAGAGAAUGUUGGAAGGCAAGGAAAUUACCCUCAUGGGAUUGACAUAGUGAACAUAGCUAACUAUUUUUCCCUUUCUUCUCGGGUAAACUCGUUCCUUCAGGUUGCUGUUUCCGUUGCUCAGUAUGAAGGGUAUCUAUAUCCUUUUGUGGAUGAAUUGCUAUACAACAAGAUCUGCCACUGGGAUAAAAGCUUGAGAGAACUUGCUGCAGAAACUCUUGCUGCUCUUGUUAAAUACGAGCCUAAGCACUUUGCCAACUAUGUGUUGGAGAAACUAACUCCUCGUACCCUUUCAACUGAUUUGUGCAUGCGCCAUGGUGCAACAUUGGCAGCUGGAGAGGUUGUGUUAGCUCUCCACCAGUGUGGCUAUGUUCUUUCUGCUGAUAGCCAUAAGCGUAUGGCUGGGGUUGUCCCUGCCAUUGAGAAAGCAAGGCUUUACCGUGGAAAAGGUGGAGAAAUAAUGCGACUGGCUGUCUCACGGUUUAUCGAGUGUAUCUCGUUAUCGCAUGUGAUAUUAUCUGAGAGAACAGAACGGAUCCUGCUUGAUACCCUCAAUGAGAAUUUAAGACAUCCCAAUUCUCAAAUUCAGAAUGCAGCUGUGAAUGCUGUUAAACAGCUUGUGCAAACAUAUCUCGUUUGCAAUAAUAAGAUUGCUGUUGAGUUAGUAUCAAAACACCUGAAACAUCUAACGGACACAAACGUAGCUGUUCGAAGAGGUUUUGCACUUGCACUAGGUGUCUUGCCAUGUGAACUAUUGACUGCAAAAUGGAUGGACGUAGUUUUGAAGCUCUGCAGUGCGUGUCAGAUAGAGGCGAAUCCUGAAGAUAGAGAUGCUGAGGCACGCAUGAAUGCUGUGAAAGGACUCACAUCUGUGUGUGAGACUCUUACUCAGCAAAGUGCUACUGAUCCUGAAAACGAUGACCUGUCUCUUUUUAUUCUUAUCAAGACUAAAGUGGUAACUACUUUACUGGAAGCUCUUGAUGACUAUUCAGUUGAUAACAGAGGUGAUGUUGGUUCUUGGGUUCGUGAAGCUGCAAUCCAUGGACUUGAGAAAUGUACGUAUAUGCUCUGUAAGAAGGUCGAAAUGAACUCAGCGGGUGAUCAUAACAAUGAUUCAUCUUCGCUUUUUGAUUCAAAUCUCGCAAACCAUUUGAUUGGAGGUAUUGUGAAGCAAGGAAUGGAGAAAAUGGAUAAAUUAAGAGAAACCGCUGCAAAAGCUCUUCAAAGGAUUUUGUAUAACAAAACUGUUACUGUCCCUUUCAUACCUCAUAGAGAAGCACUGGAAGAAAUUCUUCCCAACAAAGCAAGCUUACAAUGGGCGGUUCCGGAUUUCUCUUUCCCACGCUUUGUUCAGCUAUUGAAAUUCCAAUGUUAUAGCAAACAGGUAAUGUCUGGAUUAGUAAUUUCUAUUGGAGGGUUACAAAAGUCGCUUAAAACGGCUUCGCUCUCUGCAUUACUGGAGUAUGUGAGGGAAGAAGGUGAAGCUAAAGAUCUUACACAACAACAAUCUAGAGAAUCUGCGAUCUGUGGGGAUAUCGUCUGGAUACUCCAAGAGUACAAGAAAUGUGACCGAGUUAUCGUACCCUGUCUGAAGGCUUAUACGCUGGGUUUCUACAUGGGAGUAAUGGAUUCCUUAGCCAUCGAACUAAGAGCUUCAAAGAAAUUCGAAAAGGUAGAGACAGGCGUUGUAAUACUUGGUUCUAUUGCUUCUGUCUCCCAACCCAUCAGCGCUCAAGCGUUCUCUCAGCUUCUACCGUUCCUUUCCCACCAAUACCCAAAGAUUCGAAAUACGGCGGCUAUACAUGCCUAUCUUGCGCUCCUUCAAAACGAAAUCUUAGUACCGGAGGGCAAGAUUAAGAAUGUGAAAGAUAUAUUGUUUCAGACAUGUUGGGAUGCUGACAUGGAUUCAACCCAAUAUCAGAGGUUAGCUUUGUGUGAAUUGAUUAGUUUAGAUCAUGGAAUAGUGUUCAGGACCAAAAACAGAAGGGUGACUAGGGAUAUGAUGACGACUUUGGACGAGAAUGCGUCUUACUCAGCUUUAGUCGAGUCCUCUGGCUUCUGAUUGGACGAAAAUGCAUUGUCCUCGAGUGAAUUUGAAUACUAUGUUUUCGUUUUGUUUUUACAAGUAAUGCAAUUUAGCAACUAAGACCAUCUGGUUUUCCCUAUAUUAAUAUAUUUAUCUCUAAAAUAAAGAAAAUAGAGAAAAUAUA